CUUAAGUGGGUGAGAUGAAUGCAGUACAGUGCAGUGCACGUCCUGCUUGUAGUGAAAUAGACGAGACCUGAAAAUGCAAGUUUUUUGCAGAUAGCACUUAACACUACAGCAUCUGAGGCCCUAUGCAGAUAUGCAGGAGCUUACUAUCUGUGCUCACAGAGCCUGUACCUCCAGGGAUGGAGGACUAAAGGGUCUUUGAGGGUGAACUGUCCUCUCAUUCUGUUCCUCUUCCAAGAAUGUCACAGAGCCAGGAGAGUGCCCUGCUGAGUGCAGGUAGCAGCACUGCUGCUGGGAGCAGUGAAGCUGCGACAAGGUAGGGUGGCUCUGCUGGGACUAGCCACAGGGCCGCUGGCAUGUGGCUUAUGCUGCUAAGGGAUUUUGUCUUUGCAGAGCUUCCUGAGAGCUGGGCGGAUAUGCAGGAGCCACUGCUUGAGGGGAUGUGCUUCACACUCAAGUAUCUAGGCAUGACGCUGGUAGAAAAACCCAAAGGAGAAGACAUGGCUGCUGCUGCCAUCCGCAGGAUUGUUGCCACGGCACGGGUGGGAGCUCGCAAGUUCCAGAAGGUGAUUCUGACAGUGUCUCCGAGGGGCAUCUCGCUGCAGGAUGCAGACACAAAGGAGGUGGUUGAGAACAUCUCCAUCUACAGGAUCUCCUACUGCACAACAGACAAGCUGCAGAACAAAGUCUUUGCUUAUGUUGCCCAAAGCCAGGAGAGUGGGGCACUGGAGUGCCAUGCCUUCCUCUCACCCAAGAAGAAGAUUGCCCAGGCUGUGACUCUGACCGUGGCCCAGGCCUUCCAGAUGGCACUGGAUCUCUGGGAAGCAGCACAUGCAGGCUCUAGGCAGGAACAGCCCCUUCACCCUUCAUGUGUCUUGGAGAGCAGUGAGCCCAGCAGACCAAGAGGAGGAAGAGGAGGAGGAAGAUGAUAAUGUCGGUGAAACCUUAUCUGGCAGGCCUUGCUUGGGGUAUGAUGAGUGCUCUGUUCUCUUCCAAAGCAGCAUGGAGGAGCUGGGGAGAGGAGUCCACAACCCAGCAG